UGGUGUCAUUUGAAGACGUCGCUGUGGACUUCACCUGGCAAGAGUGGCAGCACCUGGAUGUUGUUCAGCAAAACCUCUACAGAGAUGUGAUGCUGGAGAACUACAGCAGCCUGAUGUUCUUGGGGAACUGUAUGACCAAACCGUAUUUGAUCUUCAAGUUGGAGCAUGGAUUUGCACCAUGGAGUGUAUUAGAAGGAUCAAUUCAGGGGCUUCCAGAAUUAAAAACUCAACAGAAAAUGCACUGGAUAGAGACUGAUGAUUUUAAACAAUGCCAGAAUACUGUUUACCAGAAGUUACAUCAGACUUGUUAUCAAGGAACAAACACAGGUGACAGGCUGUAUGAAUGUAGGACAACCUUUAUCUCUAAGUCACACGUCACUAAUCAUCAGGGAACUCAAGCAGGUUAUAAGCCAUAUGAAUGUAGCAAACGUGGGAAAGCUUUCCUGUCCAAGUCACAUCUUAAUAAGCCAUAUGAAUGUCCUGCAUGUGGAAAAGCCUGCAUUACAAACUCAGAUCCUAAUAAGCAUCAGAGAAAUCAGACAUAUGAGAUCCCUUAUGAAUGCAUUGAAUGUGGGAAAACUUUCAUCUCCAUGUCACAACUUACUAAUCAUCAGAUAACUCACACAGAAGAGAAAUCAUAUGAAUGUACUGAAUUCAGAAAAGGCUUCAUCCACAAGUCACAGUUAACUAAUCAUCAUAGAACUCACUCAGGUGAGAAACCAUAUAAAUGCACUGAAUGCGGAAAAGGCUUCAUCUAUAAGUCAGUUCUUACUAUGCAUCAGAGAACUCACACAGGUGAGAAGCCAUAUGAAUGUAUUGAAUGUGGGAAAGCUUUCAUCUCCAAGUCAAAUCUCAUGAGUCAUCAGAGAACUCACACAGGGGAGAAGCCAUAUGAAUGUAUUGAAUGUGGGAAAGAGUUCAUCUCCAAGUCACGUCUCAUGAGUCAUCAGAGAAUUCACACAGGUGAAAAGCCCUAUGAGUGUACUGAGUGUCAGAAAGCUUACAGCUGCAAAUCAUACCUAACGAUUCAUUGGAGAAUUCAUACAGGUGAAAAGCCCUAUGAAUGUCCUGAAUGUGGGAAAGCCUUCAUCUCCAGUUCACAGUUCAUUAAUCAUCAGAGGACUCACAAAGGUGAGAGACCAUAUAAAUGUAUUCCAUGUGGAAAAAGCUUCAUCCACAAGACAGAUCUUACAAAUCAUCAGAGAAUUCACACAGGUGAGAGGCCAUAUAAAUGUACUGAAUGUGGGAAAGCUUUCAUCUGCAAGUCACAUCUUAAUGUGCAUCAGAGAACUCACACAGGUGAGAAGCCAUAUGAAUGUACUGACUGUGAGAAAGCCUUCAUUUCCAAGUCAUAUCUUAAAAGGCAUCAGAGGAUGAACACAGGUGAGAAACCAUUUGAAUGUCCUGAAUGUGGGAAAGCCUUCAUCUCCAAUUCAUACCUCACUAAUUAUCACAGGACUCCCAAAGGUGAGAGACCAUAUGAAUGUAUUCAAUGUUUAAACAGCUUCAUCAACAAAGCAGAUCUCACAAAUCAUCAGAGAAGUCACACAGGUGAGAAGCCAUAUGUAUGUACUGAAUGUGGGAAAGCUUUCAUCUACAAGUCACAUCUUAAUAGGCAUCAGAAAAUUCACACAGGUGAGAAGCCAUAUGAAUGUACUGACUGUGGGAAAGCUUUCAUCAGCACAUCAGAGCUUAUCACGCAUCAGAGAACGCACACAGGUGAGAAGCCAUAUGAAUGUACUGACUGUGGGAAAGCUUUCAUCAGGAAGUCACAUCUUAUUACGCAUCAGAGAACGCACACAGGUGAGAAACCAUAUGAAUGUCCUGAAUGUGGGAGAGCCUUCAUCACCAAGUCACAGCUCACUAAUCAUCAGAGGACUCACAAAGGUGAGAGACCAUAUAAAUGUAUUCAAUGUGAAAAAAGCUUCAUCCACAAGGCAGAUCUUACAAAUCAUCAGAGAAUUCACACAGGUGAGAAGCCAUAUAAAUGUACUGAAUGUGGGAAAGCUUUCAUCUGCAAGUCACGUCUAAAUGGGCAUCAGAGAACUCACACAGGUGAGAAGCCAUAUGAAUGUACUGACUGUGGGAAAGCUUUCAUCAGGAAGUCACAUCUUAUUACGCAUCAGAGAACGCACACAGGUGAGAAACCUUAUGAAUGUCCUGAAUGUGGGAAAGCCUUCAUCUCCAAGUCACAGCUCACUAAUCAUCAGAGGACUCACAAAGGUGAGAGACGAUAUAAAUGUAUUCAAUGUGAAAAAAGCUUCAUCCACAAGACAGAUCUUACAAAUCAUCAGAGAAUUCACACAGGUGAGAGGCCAUAUAAAUGUACUGAAUGUGGGAAAGCUUUCAUCUGCAAGUCACAUCUUAAUGUGCAUCAGAGAACUCACACAGGUGAGAAGCCAUAUGAAUGUACUGACUGUGGGAAAGCUUUCAUCAGCAAGUCACGUCUUAAUGGGCAUCAGAGAACUCACACAGGUGAGAAGCCAUAUGAAUGUACUGACUGUGGGAAAGCUUUCAUCAGGAAGUCACAUCUUAUUGGGCAUCAGAGAACUCACAGGUGA